UCACUGCCUGCCCCGCCCACAGGCGUCCCGCCGCCCCGACCCGGGAAUCGCUGGGGCCGGGGUCGGCUCGCAGGCCGGCGGCGUCCGAAUCGGGGUCCGGGUCCUCCCCGCCCCCGCUCUCCGAGGAGCCUCUGACGCGAAGGCGGGGCGAUGCCGGGGAACCGGGACCUGAGGGUCCGCUCCGGGAACCAGCCGCGUCCCGCGCCCGCCAUGGAGCCGGCGGCUGGCGGCGCCUGGGCCCACAGCCGCGCCGCGCUCAACCGGCUGGAGACGCUGCUGCGCUGCUCGCGCUGCACUAAUAUUCUGAAAGAGCCUGUGUGUUUAGGAAGAUGUGAGCACAUAUUCUGUAGUAACUGUGUAAGUGACUGCCUUGGAGCCGAAUGUCCAGUGUGUAAUACCCCAGCCUGGAUACAAGACGUGAAGAUAAACAGGCAGUUGGACAGCAUGAUCCAGCUUUGCAGUAAGCUUCAUAAUUUGCUGCAUGAGAACGAGCUUUCAGAUUUAAAAGAAGAAACAUGCAGGAAAAAUUUAUUUAAUCAUGCAGAAAGUAAGAAGAAUUCAAUAAAAAUGUGGUUUAGUCCUCGAAGUAAGAAGGUCAGAUAUGUUGUAAGUAAAGUUUCAGUACAAACUCAGCCUCAAGUGAUAAAUGAUGAAAAUGCUCAGCAGGCCUCGACGUAUGAGUAUUCUUCUGCGAGUCCUCCAGUAGACUCUUCUGCGAGGGCUAAAAAGGCUUCUACAAGAUCUGGAAAAAAACAGAAGAAGAAAACUUUCACUAAAAUCAACCGAAUGUGGAAUUUAGAGGCAGGCAAAAAAGAUGGUCAACUUGACUCCAAAGAGAAAUUUAAGGAAAAGCUGGUAUCUGUCUCUGUCCAACCAUCUGUUAAUGCCAGUCCUCAGAGAAAUGGUGAAAUAGAUUUAUUAGCAAGCGGCUCUGUGGCAGAAGAUGAAUGUUUUGGAAACUUAACCGAAGUCUCUUUACCAUUGGCUGAGCGAAUAGAGUCUCCAGAAAUUGAGAGCAGGAAUGAAGUCAUGACUCCUGAGAAGAAUCUCUGUGAAAAUGAUCUUCCGUCUAAGAAUGGAAAACGUGGGCGUCACAGGAGACUUUCCAGUCCCGUUUCUAAGAGAUGUAGAAACAGCAUUGCCAGCACCAGUGAAAAUUUGGUUAAGCAAACAGGGCUCUCAGCAAACAUCCCAUUGCCUGGCUCUUCUUUGCAGCCUUCAACCAAACUUAAAGUUGGAGACAGAGUAAGGAGGAAAAGCAGAACUAUAUUAGAUGAAUCCAUGAGCUCCUCACUCUCUACACUGACUAGCACACCACCCUCUACACUGAAUAGUACAAAUUACGGCCGAAUGCUGUCCAGCCCCUCAGCAAUGAAACUGACACCCGGUAACCAUACGACUGUGAAAAGAAAUCAUAAGGGCGAGACUUUGCUCCAUAUUGCUUCAAUUAAGGGCGACAUACCUUCUGUUGCAUACCUCUUACAAAACGGAAGCGACCCAAACGUUAAAGACCAUGCUGGCUGGACACCAUUGCAUGAAGCCUGUAGUCAUGGGCACCUGCAGGUAGUGGAAUUGUUACUCCAGCACAAGGCUUUGGUGAACACCCCUGGGUAUCAGAACGACUCACCACUCCACGAUGCGGCUAAGAAUGGGCAUGUGGACAUAGUCGAACUGUUACUGUCCCAUGGAGCGUCCAGGAAUGCUGUUAACAUAUUUGGUCUGCGACCUGUGGAUUAUGCAGACAGUAAGACUAUGAAAUCGCUAUUGCUGCCGCCAGAGAAGAAUGAAUCAUCAUCCACUCGCCAUUGCUCAGUAAUGCAUGCUGCUCAGCGUAGGGAUGGACCUCUUGUACUCAUAGGCAGUGGGCUUUCUUCAGAACAACAGAAAUUGCUCAGUGAGCUUGCAGCGAUUCUUAAGGCUAAAAAAUGUGCUGAGUUUGACAGUACAGUGACUCAUGUCAUUAUUUCUGGUGAUACAGUUCAAAGUACCCUGAAAUGUAUGCUUGGGAUUCUCAAUGGAUGCUGGAUCCUGAACUUUGAAUGGGUGAAGGCAUGUCUGCAAAGCAAACAAUGCGAACAGGAAGAGAAAUAUGAGAUUCCUCAAGGACCACAGAGAAGCAGGCUCAACCGAGAACAGCUGGUAUUUUCCUUUUGCUACUACUUUCAUUGUUCUUAUAUCUGAAUAUUAUUAUCGCUAUCACAUCAGGAAAAACUUCUCCUGCCCUUUCAACAAGUCCAGGUGACUGAUUAAAAUUUUAAUUGUACUUAUUUCAAGCCCUUGAUUCUAGGAGAUGAUCACGAAGAGCAGUAAAACCCAGAAGGUAAUAAUUUCACACUGUUAAUGGGUUUUUGGCAUCUUGAACAUUGCCAUAAACCUUUCAGAAUCUGAGGCGAAGUCGCAGAUACAGGAAGGAACUUGAAAGAAGACUUACAGCUGCUGCUCGGAUUUAGUUACCAUAUGUCUUUAUUGCCAUAUAUUGCAGUUUUAAUGGAUAAUGUUCCAUUAUCCUGUUGAUGUAUACAUUAGAAAUGAUGAAGAAGAAAAAUUUUCAUACAAGGGAUUCUGAAACUUUUUUCCCCCCCAUAAAGCACACAGAAGUGUGUUUCAUAGCUAAUUGGAUCCUUGGCCAUGGCUUCAUAAUGUAUUGUGCUCCAUGCAAUACAUCACUAAACCCUGCAGCCGCAGUCCUGAGCAGCUGCCUAGAGCCUUAGGCUGUUAAUAUAUAGGGCCUCAAUAUAGAUGGGCGGAAUUAUAAAAGUUCGUGGAA